CUACGUUCAGUUUUGAUCCGCGGUCCGUCGCGCGUGGUUCGCUGCUAGCUUGCCUUAUGAACUCUGGUGAAUUAUCUCAAACACUUGUAUGGAUACGGUGAAUCAGAUGUGCUUUACCAAGAAAGUUCUAAACAAAGAAAAAUACAGAAUAGUGAUUGUGAUUAAGAACUAUUGAAACACAAAGAAACCCUCUAAAGGAUAUCACCUAGAAUAGCAACGUGAGAAAGACUUGCGUGAAUGAAACAUUUCUAAAUUAUUUUUUCGAGAUACUAUCCAGAUUAUUCAUACUUUACAACAGAUCGCAGUUCUUUCCUCAUCUUUCGCAAGAAUCCGCAAAAUGACGACCACCCGCGUGAUUCUGAACUUUCCCUGGACCAGCGGCAGCGACAAACUAAAGGACGACCUUUUCCAAGAUACUGGAGUGACAGACGCGGUCAUGAAUGUUGCCCGUAAAGAGCUGCGCGAGGACAAAGCUAUCCGCGAGCAAAGUCUGGAGCAGAUGCGCGAAUGGAUCCGGCAGAACCAGGAUAUUGAGAACGUUCGAACUGAUGAUCUGUUCCUGUUACGUUUCUUACGCACGAAAAAGUUUAGCGUGUUCAUGGCUGAGCAAAUGCUCUUGAAAUAUUUGAAUUUACGCAGACUACAGAUGCACAUGGUACACGAUUUAGACUUUUUAUCACCAAAGUUAAAUAAACUUAUCAACAAUGGAUACAUGUUGGCGUCACCUAUUCGUGAUAAGAACGGAAGACGGCUGAUCCUUGGAUUUGCAAGCCUCUUCGAUCCAUCCGAACACGAUAGCACCGAAAUGUCACGAGUGCACUCCAUAACGUACGAAACAUUGUUAGAGGAUCCCCAGAAUCAGAUCUUGGGAUUUGUUCACAUUGGAGACUUCAAGGGAAUAACCACGGCACAUAUAUCAAGCUGGAAUCCCACCGAUUUCCUGCGAAUGUUGAGAUGGGGCGAACAGUCGAUUCCUAUGCGCCAUAAGGAGGUCCAUUUCGUUAAUGUUCCGUCGGCUGUGAAAUAUGUCAUUGAAGCCGGAAAAGCGAUUAUCAGUAAAAAAAUGAAAGAACGGCUACAGGUUCACGUCACAGCCCAGGAUUUAUGCAAAAAAGUAGACCCUGCUUGUCUACCGAAGGAGCUUGGCGGCAAGAUCCCGCUUCGGGAUAUGAUUGAAAGUUGGAAGCUUGAGUUAGCAGCCAAACGUAGUACCCUGUUGGCGCUGGAUAAGAUGAAAAUAUUGAGUGAUCGGGGUAUUAUCACACGACACAAUAACGAUCGUAAUAACAACAAUGGUCAACUAGGAAUGGAAACGAUAACUGGCAAUUUCCGGAAACUUGAGGUUGAUUAACCGAAAUGGUGAAAUAGUGAUCAUUAGAGCUAUUUACAGUAGUUAGUAAGCGUGUGCGAGUGAGUCUAUGUAUAGUUACCUAUGAAUUUCAGCAACAAUUUAGCGGUACAUUUGUUUUCUAUGGUACAUUGUACAGUUAUAUUAUUGAAACCAGAAUAAAUAUUUACUUAGCUUA